AUGCACUCCUCCCGCCUUCUUCCCCCCUCAUUCCUCCUCCCAUCAUGGAAUAACCGACAACUACAAUGUCUCUUUCAACGGCGUCACGUAUACCAAAAGACACGCAUUCGCAACCGCGACGGAGAACCUCCAAAGCCAAAAGGUGAAUCUCUCUUUGGAGUACGACGUCUCGACCUUACUCCAACUAUUAAACCACCUACUUCCCUUUUCGAAGAGCUCUUCCCAGAAGAACAACAAAAGGCCCCUUCAUCUUCACCGCCCUCCAAACAUCUCAAACCCGCACCUCCGAGGUUUCCAAAGCUGCCUACAUUUGACUGGACAUCUAAUAUAGAGACAUUUGACGAAGCGGAAGUGCGGAGGCGAGCUGCAGAGAAAGAGAGGAAGGACUGGAAUAUUGUGGGAAAGGAGAGAGAAAGUGAAGAGGAGGAUGCGGUCCAGAGACGUGAGGCUAGUGUAUUGAUUUUGAAUUGUGCGAGUAAAACACUGGAAGAGAGCGACUUUUUUAGAUUGAGUCCGAAGGGUGAACAUAUUGAGGGUUGGAUGAGUGGGAUUAUUAAGAUUAUCCCUGGGCGCGAUCCCCAAACUCUCGAGUCCCUAGGUCACUACUUUAUUCUCUUCAGUUCGCGCGCUGCGGCUCUGGCCUACUUCCACCGAACUAUUGAACUACACACCUUAUCCCGAACCUACAGCCCUAACAGCAUUCCUCUCCCACUUCAAAUCUCCAAUCGCUCUUCUCGAAGCCCUGAUCGUCCUCCUUCGACUCUCCCCCAUUCCGCAACCGAACUCCAGAAUCUUCUAAAAAACUUCACCCUCGUCCCUCCAUAUACACGUCUUUCUCUGCGCAUUCUCCGGAAACCUUACCGACCAGCGAUGACCACCCUAUUAGCGACCGGCGCUCCCACCACGCUCACACAAUCUCGUUCCCAAUCCCACACCCUCGACACUGUCCUUUUCACUAUCACUAUUCCCAGCAUUGGACUCAGUUCCUGGGGUCUCCGAGAAAUCCUCGAUGCAGAUGGUAAACGUCGCAAUCUACACUGGCGCUUCGCUCAAUCUGGAGCCAUCGUUCGUGUUGGCGAAAAGAUCGAUUCUGUGACUGGAGGUGAAAAAACAGAAAUAGGUUAUCGAGGAGAGAAUAUCAUCGGAAGGAAAAAAGCUUAUAAUACGAGUGGAAGAUACAUAAUUUCAUUCAUGGAUCGAGCAGAAGCGAGAAGAUUUGUGAGAGAAUGGCAUAAGAGGCCUUGUCCGUUGCAAAAGGAGUAUAAAGAGGGAGAUGAACCACCUCCGAUCGCUAAUGUCGAGAUUAUGUGGUAGUGGGGACGGAAAGAGGGGAGGGGGGAUGUCUUGGGAAUGGAGUGAAGAUAGGAGAAAGAAGAAACUCGUCGAAGGAGUUCUACGGAAGUUAUGUUAGUAAUGAUGCGUGGUCACCUAUUGAGAAAUCGAAGGAAGAAGUCGAAAAAACGAAGACAUCCUUUGAAUCACAUCUCGCCACACCAUUUCGCAUCUUAUCCCUUCCCUUAGGCGAACAAAUAAUCAGUAGUGAAGCCAAGAUGGGAUAAGAAUUCUUGCGAGGAAGAGCAUCAAUAUCAUGCCAUGAUAUAAUAUAACAUACCACAAUAUAUCAAGAUACGAAUAAACAUCACCACAGAAGUACAAAAUCCUACCCAUCUUGCAUUAUAAUCAUACAAUACAAUUGCUACUAGAAGAGGUGUAUAGAUGCGAUCUAUCUAUCCAUUCAUCUACCUAUCUAUGGAGUAUCUUAAUGCAGUUAUCCUACCCAGAUAGACGUAUAUACGUCUCAGAGUUACUUUGUAUAGAACGAAAUGAAAUGAAAUGAAAGAAAUUAGUAUAUUUGAAUACCAUGG